AAAUAGCAGGCCUAUACUCUAUCGGCUAUCCUACACAUACACUGCGUAUCGCCAGAAAGUAGAUAAAGAGAUGAUAAACAAAAAAUCAGCACAAUGACAUCUGUUCCCCGCUUGCCUGUUAGGCUACACGAAAUAUUACUGAUCUACUGGGUCUAACUUGAAAUGGGGGCAAGUUAUGAAAUCAUAGAUAGUCAUUUUACAGCUAGUCGACCGGUUUGAUAACUUCCUGUGACUCGCAGGACGCCGCAACAUGGCGGCUGGCGUUCGAGCAGACGUCUUUGCUGUGACGCAAUUUCUGCUGCUCACUGUGACGUUUGUAACUACAUAUUUUGUAUCAACCUCGUUAGACCAUGUUCCACAAAUCUUCCCCUAUAUCAGCGAUACAGGCAACAACAGUCCCGAGAGAUGUAUCUUCAGUAUUUUACUGGCCGUCUACUCUUUGUUGACUCUAAUCUGCGUGUACUGCCGGUGGAAGAUUGUGGUCAACCAGACCAUCUGUACCAGGGUCACCUCUAGGAUCAACAACGCCGGCCUGUUCUUCGGUGUAGCGGCGGCCGUUGGUGUGUUGAUCGUUGGUUCUUUCCAGGAAGGCUCUGUGCUAAUCGUGCACCUGAUAGGGGCGGGGAUGGCGUUUUUUCUGGGCGUGGUUUACAUGUGGCUACACAGCGUCCUCUCCCACAGACUUCCAGCGAUCAAGGGCAGCUCCACAUGUCUGGUCUUCCUGCGCUGGAACCUGACCAUUCUGGCUACAGCAAGCGGCAUCAGUUUUCCUGUGUUAGCUGGGAUAUUUGAAUUUUACAAGGAUGACCCCCUACAAGAUGUAAAGAUGUCUGACUUCCGCCUAUCAGCAGCCUCCAUAGAAUGGGGCCUGGCUGGAUUUGUGACCAUCUAUUUCCUGACUUUUGUGGCUGAGUUUAGGCAUGUCAGAAUUGGGAUGCCAGUGAUACACACCUCUAAAGCUAGCUCGGGGUUCAGUGCCCAGAAUGGUAAUGUCCCUUUAGAAGUCAGGAGUGAAAAAAUGUAAAUCUGAAGUCCAUAAAAGUAUGCAUUAAAGAAGUUGAUUUGCAUUUAAAAUAAGGAACUCUUCAUUUCAAAAAGUUUAAAGUUGUCCCCAAAUCAGAUGUGUUAUGUCAUAAACAAGUAUUUAUCAACAACAGAAAACAACAACUAGCCAAAGAUGUCUCAAAGAGACAACUGUGUAAACAUUGGACUCUUCCAAAAAUAGGGAUGUUAGGCUGUUAGUAUUAUUGUAUGAAAUUCAGUUAAUGUUGGGCCAAAUCAGGGUAAAGGCUAUGGAUGGACUUGGGUUAGGGAUUAUAUUAGAAAGCAAAUUAUAUUAGCUUAUAAUUAAUUACUAGUAACCUAGCACCCCUUUUUGAAGAGUUUUAUAUUAUGUGUUAUUGUGAGACUGGUAUGAAUCCUACACCUUUCAAUGAAAUAGUAAAUUAAUUCUUAUUUGUAUAUCUAACCAGCUGUUCAAACUAUUUCCUUAUAGUGACAAAGUGAGGGUUUAUGUUUGAUCUAGUUUUAAUUAUUGUAAUUAAUUUCAUAACUAUUGUUGAAUGAUACAUUAUUUUUGACUGGUUUUAUAUUUUUCUAAAUUAUGUAAAAAUAUUUUUGUAUGUUUAUCUUUGUAAAAACGGGGCUUUUUUGUUUAUUGAUACCUAAUUCAUUUUACCAGAUUUUAUAGAAAAAUGUAUACAAAAUGGUAGCCUACUUUAAAACAUUUUUUAAAUGUUUAAUUUUAUAAAAUAAGAUAUUACUAGUUUUAAAUGCUUGGACCUGUUAUAAUUUCAUUGAAAGCUAGUUACAUCUAAGGCUAUUGCAGUACUGACUUAUUUAAUAAAACAAUGAAAUUCUAGGUAGGUCUUCAAUACAAUUAAAACAUGGAGUAAGCAAAAAGAAUUGUUAAUAUAGACAGUACAUUCACUUUAAGAUUAUAAUUUACAGGAAUUGAUAUAGAAAUUGUAUGAUAAUUUACUUGACCACUUGUUAUUUGUUUAUGGACAAUUUGGUGCAAUGAAAAAAAUUAUCAUAUUCUUAUUUAUUUAUUGGGAGUUAAAAUAAUACAAAUUUCUGGUCCUGGAAUUUUUUUUGUUCUUGUGAAAUAUUUCAAUGAAUACUUGAAUUAGCAAAUCUAACUCUUGUUGUUUCCUAACAGCUAUUCUUAAAACUUGUCUCAAAGUUGGCUGUGUAAUAUUGGUAUUUAUUUUAAAUUAAUUUAACAAAUAAUGUGAAGAUGUACUAGAUAUAUUUAUGUUAGAAAAUGAUUUUUAAUCUAAUUUUGAGGAACAAAUGUGUAUCACUUGUUCGAAUCCAGUACAAUUUUUUAAAAACAUUUUGAAAAGUGCGGGUUCAUUUCCAUUUUUUUUAAACAUUCAGAAUUUUUUUUGUAUCAUAGAUGUGUAUGAAUGUACCAUGUUUUUAAUUUGUUUAAAACAUUAUAAAUUAUUAUUUAUUUAUAUGCUCAAGGACACUCUAAAUUAUGUUAUAUUAUAUUAACUUGUUGAUGAAUAAAUAUUGCUGAUUUUUA